AUGUCUGCACCUCUUCUCGACAACCUCGUUCUGGCCAUCAACUCGGCCGCGUCGUCCACUGGUCCCUCCGUCGUGCCUACGAUCCCAAGCACGACUUCGAUACAGGACGAUGUCGUUCGCGAGGUUCGCUCACCUUUCACUCGCCCCAACUCGCCCGCCCCUUCCUUGAUGUCGUUCUCCUCGAUGCCGCCUCUCGCAUCCCUACCCGAGUCCGACGGCGAGCCCGGCGAGGUCGAUGAAGAUACCCCGUUGCUCUUGAAGCCGGAAUACGUCGCAGGCGACGUGCCCGUCCGGCAACUGGAACAGGUCCUCAACGUUUCGGACACCGUCUCGGAGAUGGCUUCGUCGGACGGACAGGCUAACCUCGCUGACCGUUCCGCUUCCGCGUCUGUACAAGCACGCGAUGGGAGCGAUACCGACGUCCCCAUGGAUGGCGACGUUGUCCUGGCGCCCCGGAGGAACACGCCACCGCCGUCGUACGCCGCGGUUUUGCGUCAAGAGUUCCUGCGGGCUGGACGACUUGUCGGACGACCACAGCGUUCCGUCGACCAACCGGCUUCCACGAUCGCUUCGGGUCAGCCUAGGAUCUCGAUCGCCGAUCGUCCGUGGCGUCUACGCACCCCAAUCUUGAACGCCUUCUCCCUUUCGCCACAGAACCUCCACGAUAUCCUCUACUUCCUUUCUCUCAACCAACUCGGCGUCGCACGCGCUCUUAACGAGAUCAAGCCGUAUGAGCUGAGCUCGCUCAAGGCCGGUCUCGCUGCUCUGCACGACCAGUUCCUCGUCGGACGUCGCUCUGCUCCCGUUCCUCCUCGACUCGCCAUCAACUGGGUCCACAAGCACGCUGUUCAUAGACACGGUAUCGACUACUGUGUCAAUAACAAUCGUGAAUGGGUCCGCGACGUCGACAUCCCGCUCUACGCUAACGGGUUACGCGCUGUCGAGCGUUAUUGGCACGGCAGCGCUCGCCGAGGACGCCCUUACCUCUUCGUGCACGAGAUUGACGAGUUGCGCGUCUGCGCUCCGCAGUACCACGGGAACGCGGGCGCGUUCCUAGACCUUAUCAAGAAGGUGGAUGGAGAAAGGUUGAGGUCCCGUCGGUGAGAUUCUCUCCGAUCAAUUUUCCAUUGAAUAUUGCGCACCUUUGUUACGCCUCACGCUCCUUACACAUUGAGAUUAGUUGACAUCUCGUUACCUUCCUUCCUCUGACUCGGAGACCUCGUCUUCUUUACGAGGGGGGUAAUUGUAACGACUCAUCAUGUAUAAUACUGC